AUGUCUAGGGCCCGGAAUGCAAAGGAGAUGGAUAGGAAUACUAAAUAUUUUCACAAUAUCGCCUCGGCAAGAAGAAGGAAUAACAGAUUCGAGUCAUUGGAAGCUUCCUCAACGGUGAGCUUUAGAGAUGGUUUAGUGAACCGACUGCAGAGGGAGGAAGCUGAAGCCUUAGAGGUGAUACCUUCAGCAGAGGAAGUAAAGGAGGCGGUAUGGGACUGUGAAUCUUCGAAAGCACCAGGGAAUGACGGAUACAACAUGAAUUUUAUAAAAAAGUGUUGGGGGGAGAUUGGAUCAGAAUUCACUACAGCUGUAUUGAGCUUCUUUGAGCAUGCAAGACUACCAGCAGACUCCAAUGUAACAUGGGUAGCGUUGGCACCAAAGUUCGUUGGGGCGAAAGAGAUAAAAGACCUUAGACUAAUUAGCAUGGUUGGUUGUGUGUAUAAAGCCAUCUCUAAAUUGUUGAAACGAAGAAUGAGGAGUGUAAUGCCAGGAUUAGUGGGAGAGUCCCAGAGUGCCUUCGUGAAAGGAAGGAAGAUACACGAUGGAGCUUUAAUUGCAUGCAAAACGGUACAUUGGCUAAAACGACAAAGAAAGGCAGCAGCGAUUAUCAAACUGGACUUCCACAAAGCCUACGAUAGAGUUAAAUGGUGCUUUUUUUAUACGGUGUUAGAGAAAAUGGGUUUCGAGAGGGGACUUCGUCAAGGUGACCCGUUAUCGCGAUUCCUGUUUGUCUUGGUAGUGGAUGUGCUCAACAGAAUGAUCGGCGAGGCAAUGAGGAACGGUCGCAUUUCCACACUAUUGGUCGGUAGGGAUGAUAUUGAGUUAUCACACUUACAGUUUGUAGAUGACACAAUAUUAUUCUGCCCGCCAGAAGAGGGGAUAGUGAGGAGUUAUAAGAGACUUCUAAGGUGUUUCGAGGUUAUGUCGGGACUGAGCAUUAACUUUGAGAAGUCUAGCUUGAUACCAGUGAAUUACAGUCAGGAGUGGACCAGUCGGAUGUGUCAGAUGCUUGGAUUCCAAGAAGCAACCUUGCCAGUGAGGUAUCUUGGUAUUAGCUUAGGAGCAAAUCCGCGCCUACCAGUGUACUACCUGAGCCUGUAUAAGAUGCCGAAUGCAGUUGCUCGAAGAAUCAUUUCUUUACAGAGGCGAUUCUUCUGGGAGAAAGAUGACGGACGACCUGGCAUGGCUCUUGUGAAAUGGGAGUGGCAUUUCUCGAAGGAGGACUGUCCGUUGUGGAAGAAAAUUGUGUGUUCUUGCAAUAGACUGAACCCAAAUCAGUUGCUAUCUACUCAGAUUUUACCAGUAAGAGAGGGUCCAUGGAGAGAUAUAUGUCAUCUACAAAUAAAGGAGCAAGAAGUAAGGCAGAAGAUGAUUGAUGGCCUCGCGAUUGAGGUAGGGGAUGGCAGGACUACCAAAUUUUGGGAGGAUACGUGGUUGCAAAUAGAAAAACUGAAAGACUGUUAUCCGAGGCUCUUCUUCAUUUCGAACCAAAAAGGAUCACCAAUUGGGGAUUGUGGGUUUUGGGAUAGGAUAGAGUGGAUUUGGCAUUUUCAGUGGAGGCGGGAGCUCCACCAGUGGGAAUCAGAGACUUUAGAUCAGCUGCUGUAUGCCUUGCAAUCUGUUGGGCUGAUAGCAGAAGUGCAAGAUAGAGUGGAAGCGACUAUGGAUGAGGAGAUUCUGAGGUACAGGUUCAUAAAAGAGAUUUGGAGAGGUUUAGUUCCGCCUAGAGUUGAGUUAUUCUCUUGGUUUGCUCUGAUUGGCCGGAUCAACACAAAGGACCGGCUUAGUAGGUUGGAAUUUGGUCAGAAGUGGACAGCUCCCGGCACCUUGAAAGAUCACUUUGAGAGUUGGAGGUACAUGUCUAUGAGACAGGAGGUGCGCAAGUUCUGGCUAGUUGGGUUCUUUUCUGUGAUAUGGAACAUUUGGUUACGGAGAAAUGAUGUAAUCUUUCAGAACAAGACAGUAGGCGUUGUAGAGUGUGUGGCACAAUCGUUUCUUAGUGCUGCAGAAUGGUGUGGGAACUAG